AUGGCCGAUCUCGAAAGGAUCAGGCUGGUGGUACUCGGCGGCGCCGGGGUCGGCAAAAGUGCCAUUAUACGCCGACUACUCGGUCAAGGCUUCAGCGAGCGAUACCGGCCCACCGUGGAGGAUCUGUACUCGCGAGAAUGCAUUCUUGGCACUCUGACGCUUAAAGUCGAUCUUCUGGAUACCGCGGGUGAUCUGCAGUUUCCUGCAAUGAGGCGAUUGAGCAUAGCCACCGCUCACGCAUUCCUACUCGUAUACGCGACAUCAUCCUUACCAAGUUUCGAGUGCGUAAAACGUUGCUUCGAAGAAGUAAGAGAACAACGACCCGACUUCCAGGAAGUACCGAUAGUUAUUGCCGGAAACAAACUUGAUCUAGCGCCAGCACGAAGGGAGGUACCAAUCGAGGACGUGAGUGAAUGGUUAUUUUGCGAAUUGCCGAAACUUCGCGCUAAGGUGAUGGAAUGCUCGGCAAAGGAUGACUACAACAUUAAGGAUGUAUUCAGAUGUUUCGUCACACUUUCCAAGAUCGUACCGAAAAAUCCCACUGGCGAGGUCGAGCAGUCGGGGCUCAGAAGAAGGUGUUCAGCAUACGGAUCACGCAGGUCCGGCAGCCCUAGCGGCAGAACCGGUAGCGCGGGUCCCGGUGGAAAUCUCCAGCAAGUGGUCGCAGCUCAGGGUCCUAGCGUUGUCAGCGUUACUGAAGAGGUAAAGAGCAAACCACGUAGUCGCAGCCUAAUCAGGCGCACUUCAAGAAAAACGAAACAGCAGAUCAGAGAUGCCCGUGCCGACGACUGCAACAUAUCCUAAAUCUGCUAUCUCGACAGAGAAACGAGUUUUUUUCACGACCAAGAGUCUGCUGGUCCCGAUUAUUGCGAAGGAACAACGAGCAAUCGAAUUUUUCUGAUUAAGUGCGUUAAGGUAAGACGCGAGCUGAUGUUCGCAAUU